CCCAGGGCUGGAAAGAUGGCGGUCCCUGGCGUUGGAGACAACAGCGUCCAUGCAGUGCAAUUCUCGAUUCUCUUCAAUGGUCUGCUGCUGUUGUUGUUCCUGGCAUUGUUUGAGGUCUUGUUGCGUCGGCCUGGCACGCGACAACAACUGGCUCCAAAAUUGCCAACACCAGAGCGGGUGGGUAUCCUUUUCUCCCGUUUCCCCGGUUUCUGCGCUGGUGGUUUCAUAGCUUGGGCCGUCCAAGUUUGGCGGCGACGAAGGGAGCGAUCAGACCUGGCACCAGAUGCCCAGAUUUUGGUGCGUUUCUGCGAGCUUGGCUUGAAAUUCAGCUUGCUUGGCACGGCCGUGUCCUUGAUCUUGUUGCCUAUGUAUGCCACAGGGCCAGGAAAAGCAGGUGGUUUCAAUGUUUUAUGUUUAUCCAAUUUGAAAGUAGGUGGCUCCAUCCGUUUUUGGUGUGUCAUUUUGGCCGCCUACAUGUUGACUUCGGCCUUCGGCUACCUGGUCCUCUCGGAGUGGCGCAUCUUCUCCCAGCUCCGGCGCAGCCACUUCGCCAGCGCCGCCUCCGGAAGCCGCGGCCCUGUGGCGGCACAGAGCUGCAGGACCCUGAUGGUCCAGGAGGUUCCCCUGCAUCGAUGGUCAGAACGAGAUAUCAUCGCCUUUUUCGAAAAGAUUUAUGGCAUGGACUCCGUCUACAGCUGUGUUUGUGCCACAGGGAAUGAAGAGACGGAGGUGCACCCGGAUCUGCAUGCGGUUGCACAUCUGAUCCAGGUGAACACCGGCUCUGCCACGGCAUUUGUAACUCUAAAAUCCGCGGAGCAUUGUGCGGUGGCGCAGCAGGUGCUCUUAAGCCACGAUUCAGGCUGGAAAGUCUGUGCAGCACCGGAGCCGAGAGAUCUGGUGUGGCAGAACGUGAAGAAACCUUUGCGACAGACCCAACUGCAUCACAACCUCGGUUUAGCUGCCACGAUUUUCUGCCUACUGUUCUGGUCUGUUCCCGUGACCAUAAUCCAAGCAUGGGCGAAUGUCGGGACUCUGUCCCGCUGGAUUCCAGCAGUGGUGAAAUUGAACGAGGUAUCGCCCACCUUCUACUCAUUCCUCACAAGCUACCUACCUGUGGUCGCUCUCAUGGGUCUUCAAGCCUGUUUACCGUACAUUUUCCAGGCCAUGGCACAGGGCUACGAAGGCCACAAGACGAAAUCUGCGAUUCAGCGUAUUGUCUUGAAUCGAUGCUUUUCAUAUCAAUUGGCUUCUCUUUAUGUGGCUGUUCUGUCUGGUUCUUUAUGGGACUCCUUGAACGAGAUCCUUGACCAUCCAUCGCAAGUGUUGGACAUUUUGGCACAUUCUUUGCCAAAAGCCAAUGUUUACUUUCUUUCAUUCGUCUUAGCGAAAGCUUGCACCAGCAUUCCCUUCCUGCUACUGCAUUGGCAAUUCUUUUGUUCCAAGUGUGCACCACAAGAACAGAUACACAGUGCUUAUGGCUAUGAAGCAGCUAACGUGGCUCUUGUUUUUGUCAUUGGCUUGACCUAUUCCUUCAUUGCUCCCGCAAUUCUGCCAGUGUGUGUUGUUUACUUUGCCUUUGCCACUUUGUCGUACCGGUGGCUCUUCAACUAUGUCUAUGACGAAGAGUUUGACAGCGGUGGUGCAUUUUGGUAUGACCUCUUCAACGCUGUGUUGAUUGGUCAACUGUUGAGUACCUUGUCACUGCUAGGCUUGGCGGCUCUGUACGGCUCAUCCUUACAGCUUCUGGUGCUUGCGCCGCUGCCCUUCUUUGUGCUGUAUCUGGCGCUUCGCUCGUGGAGAAUUGGCUGGAAAUCACAGUGCACCUCUCUGGAGGAUGCGAUCGAUGCAGAACAAGAUGCCGCAGUGUUGGACACCUUCAAGAAGGAGCUGUACGUUGAACCCAUUGCGGAAGAGUAAUGAAUUAUUCAGAAA